AUGGAUGAACGAUCUAACUAUUCAAACCGUUUCGUACCUUAUGUCAAUGCAUAUUUCCAAUUUUAUCUUCUAGCUGGACUCACGUUUCAGUUCAUCCUUCUCUAUUUAAUUCGAAUGAAGUCACCAGCUAGUUUAGAUCAAUUGAAAUAUUUUCUUUAUAACACAUCAUGUGUUCAAAUUUUAGAAAUUCUGUGUGGCUAUUUCACACAACACAGAUCUCUUCCAAACAGUACUACAUUCGCUGUACUUGCAAACGGACCGUGUCGUUAUUUUGGUCCAGCUGUAUGUUUUAGCGGAUAUCAUAUUUUCUUGGGAGUCACUUUCUGUGUAGCAUUGUCCAUAUCUAAUACAGUAGUCUACAGAUUUCUAAUAUUGAGGAGAAGGGAUAUCACCAAAAGGCAUCUCAUUUACAUUAUCAUAUUUUCCUAUAUCCCUGGAAUAGUCACAAUGAUAAUUCCCUUCACAGAUAAUUGGGAUUUCCCUGUGGCAACUAACCAGACAUAUUCAGAACAUCCCACUUAUAAUCUAUCCUAUUAUGUCCCAUUCUCGGGUUUUGCAAACAUCAACAGCUCCCAAUUUUUAGCAGCCACUGCUGUUCUAGCUAUUGGAGCCUAUGGGAUUCCCAUGUGCUCAUUUCUUCUGACACGAAGCAUUUUGAAGCUAAUUCGAGCACAUAGUAAUUUGCCGACUCGCACCAAAGCACAGGCCAAGACACUAGUUCAUGGACUAGCUUGUCAAAUUCUGAUUCCUCUUCUAUGCUACAUCCCAAUAUUUUCGGUUUACUCGUAUUCUCAACUUAAUGGAAAAGAGAAUCUUGCUUCUGAACAUCUUCUGAUGAUUCUAACAUGUCUUCCUGCUCUUAUUGACCCAUUUAUCUCAUUCUACUUCGUAGUUCCCUACAGAAAUGCUCUUCUUCGAGUAAUUAUUAAUCGAAAAGAAGAUGAAAAGACGAGUACAAUGGCAAUGCCAUCUACAGUAUCCAUUCGACAAAUUUCUGUCAAUUUUUCCGUUCUUUUCCUGACCUUCUUCCACCAGAUAAGAUGUCUUCCGAAUUCCACCACCUACGCAGUCCUUCCACGUGGACCAUGUAGACUAUUAGGACCGAAUGCUUGUUUUGCCGGUUAUCACAUAUCACUUGCAGUGUCUAUGGGAGUUGCGUUAUCUAUUGCCAAUACUGUACUAUUUCGAUAUCUGCUUCUGAGAUUCCAUGGAUUCGGGAAAAAUCACUAUCUCACUAUGAUCGCACUUUGUUAUAUUCCAACUGUUUUCUUAGCGAUUGUCCCAUUUUUGGAUAAAUGGGAUUUUCAAAAAGCGCGAUCGUUUACCUACAAAGCACACUCCACAUAUGACUUCUCAAUCUAUGAACCAUUUCCUGGGUUCUCUAACAUUCAAUCAAUUCCAUUUCUCACUGCAACUGGUGUAGUUGCCAUCGGAGCAUACGUGAUUCCAUUCGGCUCUUUCUUUAUAAUAUUUUCAAUUUCAUCUCUAAUCAAAAGGCAUACAAGUAUGUCAGACAGAACAAAGGAAGUUGCCAAGAUGAUGGUUAAAGGUCUGGCAUUUCAAACUGUUUUGCCCUUCUUAUCCUACACACCGAUUGUUUCCUUCUACCUUUAUUCCCAAUUCACUGGAGAAGAGAUGCUCCUGACUGAACACUUCCUGAUGCUUUGCUCUGGAUUUCCUGCUCUAUGUGAUCCAUUCAUUUCGUGUUACUGUAUUCUUCCGUAUCGUCAAGCCAUCAUCAAAUACAUUUCAAGAAAAACAAGACGGGGAUCUGGAAGGCAUUCAAGAAGCUUGAACUCUGCAGAUCUAUCUGUUUUCAACGAUCAAUUGACUGUGAGAGCCGACGUAAUAUGUAUCGGCAACACGGGUCCCUUUUUCCGAACAUAUCAGCAACAAGAGCCACGUAUUCUUGUCAUUCAGCCAACAUCUUGGCUCGUUCCAUUUCUAAUUGGUGAAUCAUGGCCACACUACAAAAAACAGAAAAUAUCUGAACACACGGAUGCUUGUCUGUAG